GGGCCCUCUGUCGCGCGCCGCCUUGCCUUGCCUUCGCGUUCAGUUCAUUCAGCCGGCGCCUCAAGAGAGGGAAGCAGGGAGGCCGGCUGCUGCUGUUCCUUUUCCUUGCUGCCCUCCCCCCGCAACUCCAUCCGACUGAGGGAAAGAAGGAAGGAAGAUAGGAGAACGACGAGGCUUGAAGUAUGAAUUAUGUGGGACAGCUUGCAGGACUUUUGGUUACUGUGAAGGAACUAUACAAAGGCAUCAACCAGGCUACACUUUCAGGAUGCAUUGAUGUAAUUGUAGUUCGGCAACAAGAUGGUACAUUCCUAUGCUCACCAUUCCAUGUUCGAUUUGGAAAGCUUGGGGUCUUACGUUCCAAGGAGAAAGUGAUUGAUAUCGAAAUAAAUGGAGAAGCAGUUGACCUUCAUAUGAAACUGGGUGAUAAUGGUGAAGCAUUCUUUGUGCAGGAAACAGAAGAAAAAUUUGAAGAAGUUCCUGCACAUUUAGCAACAUCUCCAAUACCCACGGAAGCACAAUUCUUCAAAGAUAGUGAUGAUUAUCUAUUAAAGUCAGGUACAAAUGACAGGAUGUGCCCAAGCCAAGACAUUUCACAGAUGGAGGAAUCAGAGCCUCAUUUUUCCUCUGGGUCAGUGAAGAAGAAGAAACGAAGGAAAAGAAAAUGUAAACAAGAUGCUAAGAAGGAAGAUCACAUCUUUUCUCCUGGAAUGGAAGAAGUAUUUGAAAUGGAAAUAAGCUCAGAUGAUGAGAGAAGUGUUAAACCUGUGAGAAAUACUUCAGAUUCUCCACCAAAAGAUGAAGAGUAUAAAGAAUCAUUGAUUUACCAUUCUAAGGACCAUUACCCUUUGUCAGAUGGAGACUGGUCUCCUUUGGAAAACCAAUUUAGUACGGCAGCUUGCCCUAAAAGCGAUUCAGAAUUGGAAGUUAAACCUUCAGAGAGCCUACUUAGAACGGAAUCUCACAUGGAAUGGACAUGGGGAGGCUUUCCAGAAUCUACCAAGAUCAGCAAAAAGGAAAAAUUAGAACAUCCUAGAACAGCCACCAUCGCUCCAUCAGAGAAGACUCAUUUCAGGGUGAUAUCCAGCACUGAUACAGUUGAAGCUGAUGUUUUAGUGAAUGAGCCUGUCUGUAUGAUAUUGAAGCCUGAACCAAGAACUCACCCACUAUUUAAGGAGCUAGAUAUUAAAGAGAGACUUAAUUCUGCAGAUACAGAACCUGUUUUGGAAAUGUUCCAAAGUUCAUUAGCAUUAGAAUCUGAUACUAUCCCCAGUCCACUGGUAGAUUUUCCAUUGGAAAUUAAACCACCGGCAAAACUUGAUUCUCCAUCAAAGAAAAAAGGAAUACACAAGAGAAGCCAGCACCAAGGGCCAGAUGACAUAUAUUUGGAUGACCUGACAGCUUUGGAACCUGAAGUUGCUGCUCUUUAUUUCCCGAAAAGUGACUCUGAUCCAGGUACCAGGCAGUGGGUGGAGUCUGAUACCCUUUCUGGUUCCCAGUCUCCACAAUCAGUGGGAAGUGCUGCUGCAGAUAGUGGUACAGAGUGCAUGUCUGAUUCUGCAAUGGACCUGCCUGAUGUCACAUUAUCUCUUUGUGGAGGUUUGAGUGAAAAUGGGGAGAUAUCAAAAGAAAAAUUUAUGGAGCAUAUCAUUACUUACCAUGAAUUUGCUGAAAACCCAGGACUUAUAGACAACCCUAAUCUAGUAAUAAGGAUAUAUAACAGGUAUUAUAACUGGGCCUUGGCUGCCCCCAUGAUUCUCAGCCUGCAAGUGUUCCAAAAGAGCUUGCCACAGGCUACAGUUGAAUCCUGGAUUAAAGAUAAAAUGCCCAAAAAAUCUGGGAGAUGGUGGUUCUGGCGUAAGAAGGACAGCUUGACUAAACAGCUUCCAGAGACAAAGGAAGGGAAAUCUGAAGCUCCAAAAAAUGACUCAUCAACAGCUACAAAGGAACAAAAUGAAAGCCGGCCUACAAAUGAUGAUUCUUCUAGUGAUGAUGAAGGAUCACGAGAACUGAAAGAAUCCUUAAAAAUAGAUUCUUCACUUGAACAUUCAAGCCACGGGAAUACUACCUCUUAUAAAAAGUCACUUAGGUUGUCUUCAGAUCAAAUUGAGAAACUGAAACUUAAAGAUGGACCAAAUGAUGUUGUGUUCAGCAUUACGACCCAGUAUCAAGGAACCUGCCGUUGUGCAGGGACAAUAUAUCUGUGGAACUGGAAUGACAAAAUAAUUAUUUCUGAUAUUGAUGGUACAAUAACUAAGUCUGAUGCCUUAGGACAGAUUCUCCCACAGCUUGGCAAAGAUUGGACACAUCAGGGUAUUGCAAAGCUUUACCAUGCUAUUAAUGAGAAUGGCUAUAAGUUUCUCUAUUGUUCAGCUCGUGCCAUUGGAAUGGCAGACAUGACAAGAGGAUACUUACACUGGGUCAAUGACAAGGGAACAAUCCUGCCCAGGGGUCCAUUGAUGUUGUCUCCUAGCAGUUUGUUCUCUGCUUUCCAUAGGGAAGUGAUAGAAAAGAAACCAGAAAAGUUUAAAAUUGAGUGUCUAAAUGAUAUCAAAAACCUAUUUGGUCCUUGUGAACAGCCCUUCUAUGCUGCUUUUGGGAACAGACCUAAUGAUGUGUACGCCUACAUGAAAGUUGGAGUUCCAGAUUGUAGAAUAUUCACAGUCAACCCAAAAGGUGAAUUAAUUCAAGAACAGACAAAGGGAAACAAAUCUUCAUAUUACAGACUGAGUGAACUUGUAGAACACGUGUUUCCACUUCUUAAUAAAGAACAGAACUCUGCUUUCUUAUGCCCGGAAUUCAGCUCCUUCUGCUAUUGGAGAGAACAGCUUCCAGAAGUGAAUGUAGAAGAUUUAGCUUGAACAAUAGGCAUUGUUCACACUGAACCUUUUCCUAGAGAGGCCACUUUUGGUGCCAUGUGUCUUAUUAAAUACAGGAAGCGUCAUGGAUUUGGCACAAACCAAUGCAAUGCAGUACUGAUCUCUUUUUUCUUUUACACUUUUUUACUGACUGAUUAAAAGCAUUGGAAAGAUAACUGUCUUUGAAAUAGCAGACCACCAAGAAGACAGAAGACAAAAAACUGGAAUUCUUGGGCCACUUUGCAUCUCCAUUCAUACAAAUCACAGUGGUUGUGUGUGAUAUUUUACUAGUCAUAAUGUAUCAUCUUAGAAGAAAACAGAAAAAAGUUGUAAAACUGAUAGCCAGUACUAUAUUAGGCAUAUUAGAGUGAUAGGAUAAAGUAUGUGAGGUGCAUUAUAGGAAUUAUAUCUAGUAUUUAAAUAGCCACAUAGGCUAUUUCAGGUAGAAUAUGUGAGGUUUUGGUUAUUCAAUAUUCUUUAAAACCUCUCCAAGAAUUUACCAGUUAGUGUGUGAAGGGUACUCUCAUUCUUUAUUGUCUAGAAGGAAAUGAGUGUUGAAGUCAAGACAGCACGUUUGUUUAGCACUCACUUGUGGUCUUUGCCUCUUGCAGUUGGUAGACAAAUCCUAUUCAGCAAGUAGGCUACCUGAGCUGCCUUUUGUUACUUGUGGCAUUUUUUUGUUUCAUAAGAAGCUGUAUCAAAUCAAAAUCUAUGGAAUAUCAUUUUUGCUGCAACAACUGUACAGUUGACAUCUCUUAACUGCACUUGGUAUCUGUGCAGUGUAUGAUCGUAGGCAACAUAUACAUUCACUUUUCAGGGAUAAAUUCUUGUGUUAUAACAAAAGUAAUAUGUAUAGUUAGUACUGUUAAUGCCUUUGCAGAACUUUGUAUCAAGGUUUUUCCAUUUGGCAGUAGGAUCCUUGUGAGAAGUUUGGUGUAUCAGCUAUAAAUGUUAGUUCGGAGAUUUGAUGUAAAAAAAUUGUGACAGUGGCACAGUGAAUCCAGCAAGCCAAUGAAGUGCCAAUUCAGUGCUGGCACUAUUUUGGGAAUAGCUUGUAACUUCCUGAUCACCAUGUAGUAAAUCUAGGCUAAGAUGUUGUUGGACUUCAGAUCCCAUAAAUUCCUUUAUGCUAUGUUAGCUAGGAGUGGUUGGAGUUAGAGGGCCACAGUUUCUCAUUUCAUGUAAAUCUAUUAAAUAUUGUAAAUUAUUUGCUAGGUACAAAUUAUGAAGCUGAUUCUGAUUUCACAUUGAGCCAGCUAUGGUGAAAGUGCCUAAGGUCUAUAUGAAGCUUUUCCCAUCAGAAACAUAACUUGGCUCAUUAAGAUCUCUCAUAGAGUCCAAAGCAGUGGCUUGGUCUAUAGUGUGUUUUUGUAGGAAAUAUGCUCGUAUCAGAAUUUACAAAUGCAUAAAUCAAAUGAUCUUCCAACUACCCAAUGACCCAAAUCCUUUUCCCCAAUCCAUCUUGCAAGCAGUACAUCUCUCCUCAGUAUUUGGGGGUGGGGGUGGGGCAGAGUGAGUGAAGACAUUUCCAACAAUUUACUGUAACUGGAUGCACUGCAAAGAUGUCAUCUGAAGAGCACAUCCAAAUGCAGGAAUAUAACUCAUACAGAAAAAUGGCAUUCCUGUUGAUCCCCCCCCCCCCCCGUACUGUUGAUCGAAUAGCUGUGUUGCAGCUAUUUACAUGGUGGGUGAGUGGGGGUAAGCAUUGGGAGACUGCUAGAAAUGCAGCUACACAGUACACAUAUAUUUUUGGAUGGCACAGAAAAGUAAUACACUAUUAUUGUGUUUCAUCCUGUGUGCCAACCCUUCAAGCCAGGAUCAGGUUUCUCUCUCUCGUUGCAACCAUUGGCACUCUCCGCAUUGCCAUAAUUGUUUUAAUUCCUGCAAGAUCUUGGCUGUCAUUUCAUUCAUUUUUUUAGAGGCUGUGCAAUAAUGAUCCACGUAAGUACACAAACAGUUUUGAGCUGUGCUGAUGUGUUCGAAACUACUUUCUAAUCAGAUUGUAAGCAUGGGAUCUCUGGCCUUCCAGUUGUUGUUGCAGCCCAGUUCCCAUCAACCUCAGCUGGUCUGAACAGCUGAUGUGAGUUGGAGUUCAUCAGCACAUGGACUGAAGAUUCUACAUGCCAAUGUUAGACAUUAAUCUCGUAGGAUCAAAAAGUGCAAAUUAUAAAACUCUAGCAAGUAAAAAAUUGCAAUAACAGGUGGGUUUCAUUAGCACGUAAAAUUGGUUCAUUUCUGUUUUAACUUUGCAUUCUGUAAAGGAUUCUGUAUACUUGAAGUCUGCCUGCAUUCUUCCCUUUUACAUUCUGAGACCAAAUAACUUAUUUAUUCCACACUUUCAGCAGCAGUUAAAUCAUUUUUAAUAGAUAUUGCACCUCAAAAAGUAGUAGAGACAAAAUGUUUGGGUGGCGAGAUCUGCAUUUGGUUCUUGAACAUUAAACAUUUCCAAAAAGCUUCCUGAAGGAUUUUCUUCCUGCAUUAUAGAUGGACAGAAUCCUGCUGUUUCUAUAUUUAAUGCUGAAGAGUGUUCUCAAACCAUCUUAAUCCAAACACUUUAAAUUUAAAUAAAUAUGUACUUCUAAAAAUUGUAUGCUUAUGUUUGAUGAUUUUUUGGUCUAGCUUUAGAUAGCUCUAUGUAAGCUAUGAAUUUUACCUCAGUCACUCUAACUGACCAUAGUGUUUUACAGCACCAUGAAGCUGACAGGCAGCUCAUCUUUGGUCUGUUUCCUUGCUGUAGUAGAAAUGAAUGGUUUGGAGCUGGUUUGGGGAAACUAAGCUAAGUUACUUCAUCUAUUUCAGAUCAGCAUGCUAUGUUCUUUCUGUGAAAGAGAUAAGACACUUGUGUGUAUGAACAGCCUUCGUAAUGAUCAUUUGUGAAUGCAUUUCCUGUUACUUUGGAAGUGUAUUGAACAGCAUCUGCUGCACGUCUAAAAUUAUUUACCUAGAAUUUGUCAAUGAAAGUUAAUAUGGCAGUUUUAAAGUAAGGAAGUGGGAAAUCAUAGUCAAAAUCUCUUUGCUGCAUUUGUGUAAAAAUAAGAAACUGUUAUGCAAGAAAACAAUCAUUUUAUAUUACCAUUUAAAGUUAGGGACUUUUUUUGGUGUUCAAAUCAGUAUUUGGAGAAGAUGACGUGUGUAUGUGUGUGUGAGAGAGACAGAUGCAAAAAAGUAUUCGUAUAGUACAGAAAAAACAAUUUUUUUCAAAAUAUUACUGUGUUAAUAUGAUGUUCAAAAACUCUUCAUUUGGAAAACUCAGUAUAUUUUAUAUGACUCAACGGGAAAAUUCUAGUGGAUUUCAUUUAAGUUAGUACAACUAUGUGAUGUAGGCUUACCAUCAGAGUGCAAAAUGUAAACAUCCUAACUACUAAUGCAAAAUAUGUAAUAAGAGAUGUAUUUGAACUAAUGGUUUUGAGGCUAGCCUUUUAACCAAGGAAGUUGUUUUGUUAACCCACAAAAUGUUCAAAGACAGUUUUUGAGAGCUGAUUUCUAUUUUGGUUGGUUCUAAAUGUAAGGGAGGAGGAAACUCCUCAUUGAAUCCUGUGUAACUGUGUUACAAACAAUUUUUGUUUUGACAAGAGUUUUACUCAUUUAUCAAUCAGUGAACAUUCCAGUGCAGUGGAGUUUUUGUUUUGUUUUUGUAAAGACUGGAUCUGUUAGGAAAAAAGAGUCAUUUUGUUGUAUUUAAUGAAACUGACAAUAAAACCUCACCAAAGCUUG